UAAGCACAAAUUCUUCUCUGCGUAUAUACUACCCCGUAUUUGUUCUUGAAAAACCGUGAAGUUAGAAUUUUGAUUCUCAUCGGGAAAAAAAGAAUUUUGAUUCUUGAAGUACAAGGGGGACAUCCGAUUAUCCGAAUACAAUGGAAUCGGCGGCUGAACGGCGGCUGAACGCUAUUCAAGGUCACCUGGCUUCGGCCAAUGGCGGGGAAUCGUUCUCCUUGAUUCGUUCAAACCUCACCUCCGGCGAAUAUUUCCACGGCCAAGGGUACAGUGUAGUUCUUCCCGAGAAGUUGCAGACGGGAAAGUGGGAUGUAUACAGAUCUGCACGCUCUCCUAUGAAGCUUGUAACUAGAUUUGCUGAUCAUCCUGAUAUUGGUACACUACAUGACAAUUUUGUGCAUGCCGUUGAAACCUUUCAAGAUUACAAAUACUUGGGCACUCGUAUUCGAGAAGAUGGAAGCAUUGAAGAUUACAAAUGGAUGACAUAUGGAGAAGCUGGAUCAGCAAGGUCAGCAAUUGGCUCUGGACUUCUUUUUUGUGGACUAGAGCCAGGAGCUCGUGUGGGAAUUUAUUUCAUAAAUAGGCCAGAAUGGCUCAUUGUGGAUCAUGCCUGCUCAGCUUUUUCAUAUAUCUCAGUACCGCUAUAUGACACUCUUGGUCCUGAUGCUGUUAAGUAUAUUGUCAACCAUGCCGGUAUAGAGGCAAUCUUUUGUGUACCUAAUACCCUGAAUACUUUGUUGAGCUUCUUGUCAGAGGUUCCUUGUGUACGUGUCAUAGUGGUAGUGGGUGGAAUUGAUGAGCAUCUCCCUUCUCUUCCUUUGGCAACUGGAAUUAAGCUGUUAUCAUAUUCAAAGCUACUUCAUCAGGGUCUGAACAAUAUUCAGCCAUUUUACCCUCCCAAGCCUGAAGAUAUUGCUACCAUAUGCUAUACAAGUGGUACAACAGGAACACCAAAGGGCGCUGUAUUAUCACAUGCAAAUUUGAUAGCAAGUGUUGCUGGGUCAACCCUUGGAAUUGAAUUCUGUCCUUCAGAUAUAUACAUAUCUUAUCUACCUCUGGCACAUAUCUAUGAAAGAGCUUAUCAAAUUGCAACAGUAUAUUUUGGUGUUGCUGUUGGCUUCUAUCAAGGGGACAAUCUAAAAUUGGUGGAAGAUAUGGCUGUUCUGAGACCUACUAUAUUUAGUAGUGUCCCUCGUCUUUACAACAGAAUAUAUGCUGGGAUCACACAUGCUGUGAAAACUUCCGGAGCACUAAGAGAAAGGUUAUUUAAUGCUGCUUACAACUCCAAAAAGCAAGCCAUCAUAAAUAGCAAAAAACCAUCACCCAUAUGGGAUAGAUUGGUAUUUAAUAAGAUAAAGGACAAACUUGGAGGCCGGGUUCGCCUUAUGACUUCAGGUGCCUCACCAUUAUCUCCUGAUGUCAUGGAAUUCUUGAGGGUAUGUUUUGGCUGUCGAGUUACUGAAGGGUAUGGCAUGACUGAGACUUCGUGUGUUAUUAGCUCUAUUGAUGAUGGUGACACCUUAAUUGGCCAUGUUGGUUCUCCCAACCCAGCAUGUGAAAUCAAGCUUGUGGAUGUUCCUGAGAUGAAUUACACAUCUGAGGACAAGCCUUACCAAAGAGGAGAGAUCUGUGUCAGGGGCCCCAUUGUUUUCCAAGGCUAUUACAAAGACGAAGUGCAAACGAAGGAGGUACUUGACGAAGAGAAUUGGCUGCACACUGGAGAUAUUGGAUUGUGGUUACCUGGAGGUCGCUUGAAGAUUAUCGACAGGAAAAAGAAUAUAUUUAAGUUGGCACAGGGUGAAUACAUAGCUCCAGAGAAAAUUGAAAACACUUACGCCAAGUGCAAAUUUGUUGCACAGUGCUUUGUACAUGGUGAUAGCUUGAAUUCCUCUCUAGUGUCUGUGGUUUGUGCAGAUCCGGAUGUGUUGAAGGAAUGGGCUACAUCUGAGGGCAUUAAGUAUGACAGUUUGCAACAAUUAUGCAAUGAUCCAAGAGUCAAGGCUGCCGUUCUAGCAGACAUGGACGCUGUAGGAAGGGAGGCUCAGCUGAGAGGGUUUGAAUUCGCAAAAGCAGUCACCUUAGUGGCCGAACCAUUUACAAUCGAGAACGGUCUCCUAACACCCACAUUUAAGGUUAAGAGGCCACAGGCAAAAGCAUACUUUGCAAAAGCAAUAUCUCAAAUGUACGAUGAGCUUUCCAGAUCUGAUCCCGGGCAAAAAGUCUUGUAGGCAGAAGCGGAAGGAAACAAUGUUGCUUCAGGUGCCUGCUGGUUUCCUGCAUUUAAUAAUAAUGAAGUAUCUUGAAGCUAAUGUUGUAUUUACAAGCAUAGCACACUUUAACUUUGCAGCUAUGGUCAAAUGGCUUUACCAUAUUCACAGAAUGUUUUCUAGAAUAUGUAGCUGAUUAGCUGAAAAGUUAUGACCUUAAUAAUUCAAGCCUUCAACGAUCAUCUUCCAAC